CGUCACGUGACUCGGAGCUCCGUGAACAUGGCGGCCAGCGCGGCAGCAGCAGAGAGCUCGGUGAGGAAGAGGCGCGUGGACAGCAGGAGGACGGGGACGGAGAGAGUCCCUGGCGACUCCGGAGAUGGAGCUACCAGCGGCGGCAGCGGCAGCAGCGGAGACCCGGGGAAAGAAAAGCCCUUCGUGUCCGUCCAGCCCGGAACUUACUGGCUCACCCGUAUUGUGCUGCUGCGCGCGGUCGCCUUUAUUUACUUCGUGGCCUUCGCCGUCGCCUUCAACCAGAACAAGCAGCUGAUCGGCGAGAACGGCCUGAUGCCCUGCAAGAGCUACCUGAACAGCGUCAAGCGCUACGUGGGAGGAAAGAUCGGCGCGGCGGCCCUGGCGUACACGCCUUCCGUCCUCUGGUUCCUGGACUGGCGCAGCAUGGACACCAACCUGGAUGCGGUCGCCUGGCUGGGGAUGGCGCUGUCGGGGUUUGUCCUGGUGACAGGGAUGGCCAACAUGGUGAUCAUGGUGGCUCUGUGGGUGCUCUACCACUCCCUGGUUAACGUGGGACAGCUGUGGUACUCCUUUGGGUGGGAGAGCCAGCUGCUGGAGACGGGCUUUCUGGCUGUUUUCCUGUGUCCGCUGUGGACUCUGUCCCAGGUCCCCCGCCGCUGUCCCCCCUCCCUCAUCUGCAUCUGGACCUACAGGUGGCUCAUCGUGCGCAUCAUGCUGGGAGCUGGCCUUAUUAAAAUCCGAGGAGACAAGUGCUGGAGAGAGCUGACUUGCAUGGACUACCACUAUGAGACCCAGCCAGUGCCAAACCCCAUGUCCUACUACCUGCACCACUCUCCGUGGUGGUUCCAUCGCUUCGAGACGCUGUCCAACCACUUCAUCGAGCUCAUCGCUCCCUUCUUCACCUUCCUAGGACGGCGGAUGUGUAUGGUGAACGGAGCGAUCCAGAUUCUUUUUCAGGUGGUCUUGAUCAUCAGCGGGAACCUCAGUUUUCUCAACUGGCUGACCAUCGUUCCCAGUCUGGCCUGCUUCGACGAUGCAUCGCUGGGUUUUCUGUUUCGCUGCGGCUCUGGAGCUAAAGUAGCUGUGCUAGAGAUCCAGAGGGAGGAGGCCACCGGACAAACCCCCAAACCUACAAAAGGUAUGUUGAUGCGCCGGGUGGUGAACGUUUCCUUGGCCGUUCUCAUUGGCUGCCUGAGCGUCCCGGUGGUGAUGAACCUGUUGAGUCCGCGGCAGGUGAUGAACACUUCCUUUGACCCGCUCCGCAUCGUCAACACCUACGGGGCGUUUGGCAGCAUCACCAAAGAGCGGACCGAAGUCAUCUUCCAGGGCACUCUGAGCCCAGAUCCCAAAGACCCCGAGGCGGUCUGGGAGGAGUACCAGUUCCGGUGUAAGCCGGGGGACCUCUACCGCCGACCCUGCCUCAUCUCACCCUACCACUACCGGCUGGACUGGCUCAUGUGGUUCGCUGCCUUCCAGACCUAUGAGCAGAGCGAGUGGAUCAUCCACAUAGCAGGGCGCCUGCUGGCCAAUGACAGCGCCGUCCUCUCGCUGAUCGACCACAACCCCUUCCAGGGCAGAGACCCCCCCAGAUGGGUUCGAGGAGAACACUUCAGGUAUAAGUUCACGCAGCCGGGCAGCGCCGGCGCAGCGCAGGGCAAGUGGUGGCUGAGGAAACGCAUCGGCGCCUACUUCCCCGCUGUAGACCUGGAAGGACUCCGAGGCUACUUCCAGUCCAGGAACUGGCCUCACCCACAUAUUCCGCCAAGCAGGAGCUGAAGGCCAGGACGGGAAGUCAGAGGUCAUUUCAAAGCUGUUUGGAGCCAAGGUUACACUAAAUGCAGAUGACAUCAGACUUGUCACGAACUGCUUGAUAAGACCUUUAUGAAUACAAAGAAGCUGUAUAAAGAUUCCUAAACAAUGUGAAGGUUUUUAGGCUUUCAGUUUAAAACGUAUAAGCUGCUGAUCUGUUCGUUUUUGUCGUUCUCUGAAAACACCCUGAGGACACAGCUGAAAGGAAACACAUCAUCCCCACAGGUUAAAAAUUAAAAAAAAGACAAAUCCACCCUGAAAUCACUUCAUUUUAUUUUCUCUUAAGUCUGUGGAGCAUCCUUCCUACGUGUUUUAAACUGGCUUCAGAUUACCAGUGUCAGAACACGCUCCGGUUCAUUGCAUCACAUGCAUAAACAGCAAAUACGGUUGUCUUUGAAACGAGAUUUUUGAAUCUUAAUAGUUUUUUAUACUUAAAACUAGAAGAUACGGAGGAGAAUGAUUUGAUAGACAUUUACUGCUUGUAGAAGAGUCUGGCUGAAAUCACCCUGUAAGAGGGAAACGUGUGCUUGAAAACAUCGUCUUUUUGCCCCCCCAUAAGAAAUUACAUUGCAUCCAAAUAGCCUGGUAUGUAAAGCAUCUGCUGUAAAGUACUAGUUGGUUACGUCCAGUGCAGAGCUUGGUCAGCUCUGGCAGCAGGUGGGACAUCUGGGAAAUCAUCUUCACCUGGGCAUCACCUUUUCUUCUUCUCAAGCGCACUGAACAUGAGCAAAGAGUGGGAUCAUAUCAUAUCAACUCUGAGCUCUGAUAAGACCAGAAUGGACCAUUAUCAGUCAGGAUUUCAUCCAGAAGCUGCAACAUGUCUAAUUUGUUAUGUUGGGUUAAUUAAGUUGAUGUGACUCACCUGUGUGGAGCAUGUUUUCAGUUGAUUCCCCGCUGUAUUUACAUUCCGUGUUUUGGGUCCUCCGUGGUUGCGCCGUCCUGUUUCCGACCCUGUGCUCCUGUUUUCGUGCCUUGUUUUGGUUCCCUUGUGUAUUCAGUGAGUUACCUCCAUUAAAUCUCAUUAUUUUCCAC